ACAGAUGGCGCGAACGACCGUGCAGCCUGUAUUACUGUGUGUCUGCGAAGGAAGAAAGGAAGGACUGGCAGCUUAGAAAAUAAACAAAAGACGAGCUCAGAUUGCUAAAUGUUUUUGACGUUAAUUAAAAUCUUUUAACUACGCUUUUGCGGUUUUUAGGUUGAUCUAUCAACAAGGGCUGUCCGACUGGCCAUGAAUCCCGACCUAUCGCUGCGAGUGAGCGUCUUCUCCGAACAAGGAGGCAGGAAAUACAUGGAGGAUUUAACGGAGGUGAUCGUGGAGCUGGAACCCAGCGACGAUGAGCUGCGAGCGGCCGGACACACCGAUCCAAAGCCGGACCAAGAGCCAGUCUCUGAAAGCGACCCACCGGACACAAACAAGCCAUUACCUGUCACGGUAACGUGGAUAAACACGCUGUCCGCCGACGAGAGUGACGGUGCCGAGGAGCCCGGGACUCAGCCGGCGGCAGCGGACAGCAGGAGGUCGGUCGCGUUCUUCGCCGUGUUUGACGGACACGGAGGUCGAGAGGCAGCGCUGUUCGCUCGGGAUCAUCUCUGGGAUUUUCUCAAGAAGCAGCGGGGCUUUUGGUCGAAGGAUUACCGGAAAGUUUGUGCCGCGAUUCGCAAGGGUUUCAUCGCAUGCCAUCAUGCAAUGUGGAAAAAGCUUCCUGAAUGGCCAAAGACGUUAACUGGCCUCCCCAGUACCUCGGGCACUACAGCCAGUGUGGUGGUCAUCAGAGGGGAUCGCAUGUUUGUGGCUCAUGUCGGGGACUCGUCUGUCGUGUUGGGUGUGAGGGAAGAUCCCUCUGAUAAAGUCAUCAAAGCUGUGGAGGUCACACAAGACCACAAGCCUGAACUCCCGAAAGAGAAGCAGAGAAUUGAGGGACUGGGCGGCAGUGUGGUGAAGAAAUCUGGUGUGAACCGUGUGGUGUGGAAGAGGCCGAGGCUAACUCACAACGGCCCGGUCAGACGGAGCACCCCGAUCGAUCAGAUCCCCUUCCUCGCUGUCGCCAGAGCUCUGGGUGAUCUGUGGAGUUAUGACUUCUACAGCGGAGAGUUUGUAGUGUCUCCUGAGCCUGACACCAGUGUGGUGACCCUUGACCCUAAACGGCAUCGUUACAUCAUUGUUGGCAGUGACGGCCUCUGGAACAUGGUGCCACCACAGGAGGCAGUGACUGUGUGCCAGAGCCAUGAUGAAGCUGUGGCACCUUUCGGGAUGUCGGUUGCUCGUCGUUUGGGGUGCCAUGCUUUGAUGCGAUGGCGUCAGCGGAUGCUCCGUGCAGACAACACCAGCGUCAUAGUUAUUUCCCUUCCUGAGCCAGGCAAACCCCACCUACCUUUGCACAGAGACGAGGUCAUACUCAGCCUGACAGAGGGUCCGCACUGUGACCCCGCGAUAGGGUCCCGCUCCAUCACGCCACUCAUCAAGAGCCCGGAUCCAGACGUGUCCUCAGGCAGCAGUGAGUCUCUGCCGGCUCUGGAGAGGAGGAAUGGUCUGUCAGGAGUGGGUCUGAGCGCAGAACCCCUGUUAGAGGAAAACCUCCCUUACACUGAGCUCACAGACAAAGCUGCCUUGACUGUGUGCCCCAGCGAGGGCAACCAGACCCCAGAGACUCCCCUGUCCUCACCGGAUGUGUCCAGUCCAGUGGGAAAGAGGUCCAGACGGAGCCCCAUCACCCCGAGCAGUUCCCACCGGAGGACUGGUGAGCGCUCCGUACCCAAACGCAACACCAGCAGGACUCCAAACAAACAGACCCCCAGCGUCCCUGUACUACAGCACCGCAAAGCAACCCUCUGUGUCUGCUGAACUCUUCCGUCAGACUAACACAAGCUCCAAAAGACCGACAAAGAGGGACGUUCAGUCUACAUCCUGGUAUCUGAUGUUCUGCAUGGUCACAUGAAUAAAUAACUGCUAUUGUUAGUGUCCAUGCUUUGACUGUGUGCCACUGUUUCUGUUUAAAAUGUAGGAUUUUUUUUCUUUCCUUUUAAUUUUAAUAGUGUGGAUGUGAGAGUAAAAAGAAAAUCAAAUUUUUUAGUAAUCGGAUUUAUAGUUAUUUUACAUUUUUACAAAACAUCUCUUUUUAAGGAAAAAUCAUUUAAAGGAUGUAUUUAAUCUUUCUCCCUUUUUAUUCAACAGCAUUAUUUGAGUCCAUCUUUGAAAUUUAAUGAAUUACUUGAACAUAUUUUCUGAAUAUGACCAAAUAGUUGGAGCUAUACAAUAUAUAUUUUUAUACUUGUUAUAUUUUUCAAAAUGCCCAGUUUUCUUGCCCCACAAUGCCUUUGUGCACAAUUUGCCCUUGCCAAUAUACUUUAUUAUUUCUGCAUUUAAUUUUCACCCCAGUAUUUGUCAACAUUGUUCUGUCUUUAUAAAAAAAAAUUUUUUUCAAGGAGCAUGAGUUAAUGAACCUAAGGCAUAUCUUUGAUCGCUGGACUACAGAGCAAAUGUAUUUAUUUUCUUUUGAUAAAACCUUUGUAAAAGUUGGGGAUUGCAUGUUCUGUUAUAUCCUUAUGACUGUCUUUUUCUUGGGGCGUUUUGAUGUUUUGACUGUCUAGCUUUUUUGUAUGUAUUUCAAUAUUGUAAGUUAUUUAAUAUCAAUAAUGUCUGUUAAUGUAAAGCAGAUAACAUCUUCCAACACCAGAUCCAGAGCUAAUGUGAUGUGUGGUUAUACUGUUUAGAGACGAAGGCGUUCACCAGAGUGUACAGCACAUUUUAGCGGGAUGUUUGUUGCCCCAUGUUUGAGACCGUCUUGAGAUUUAAACACUCAAGGUGGAAAAGAAGUAAUUUUUUCAUAGUGUUUUAUCCUUGGAGAUGAAUUUUCACUAUUUGCUAUAGUGGCAGCUUUGGUUUGAGUACUUAUUUGGUGUUGCCUUGAAUGACAGUGACAGUUUGAUGGAUGUAAAUUCAUAUAGAGUUUAUAAAAAAAAAAUCCAAUUAUAUUUCAAACACACCUACAAAGGCCAAAAAUAAUUGAAUUUGAGAGAAAUAAAAGAGAAGUACUAUUGUUUGAAUCAAAUUGUGCAUGGUUGAAACCUGUUCUAGAGUGGGAUUUCACUUCAUUGUAAUAUCUUCGGCAGUUGGGUAUCAUGGCUUUUCUCUUUCACUGUGGUUGUCUGAAAUGUGUGAUCGGUCACAUUGAACUGCAUCUGUCUCUGAGAUGGAAUCGACUAUUAGUGUAUUGGAUGCUGUCUUGUUCAGGGUUUGGCUAUUUUUCUCUCUUUCUUUCUGGAAUUGCAAUAAAUAGAUACUCAAUUUUGUGUUUAAAUAUUUACGUGUGUUGCUAUUCUCUGUCAUAAUUCUUAAGGAAGAAUCUUGUAACAUUUCAUCAACUCUCAAAUAGUUCAGAAAUGCUAAAACUCUUAGCAUGCUUAAAGAAUGAGACCAUCGCUAACCAUAAAGCCCUAUUGUUUACUGAAAUGCAAUUUAGCGUUUGCUUUUGGCAUCAGAAAAUAUUGAUGUAUUUUCUUGAGGCAUUUUAUUUAUUUAUAUUAUAUAUCUUCCUUUUUCAAAAUUGUUAUUAUACGGUGUUUCAAGUGCUGGUGUGGAGGUGAUUCAUGUCAUUGUGUUUAUCCAGUCACUAGGUGGCAGUCAAUACUAGGGAACUAAACUGAAUGUCGAGUCUCGUGAGUGUCCGUCCACUACUGCAUAGUUUUUUUGCUCGACGCUUUCGUAGCUGGCUAAUCUGAGCGCGCGAGUGAUGUGACUGUUAUUCUGACCCAUUUGGCUUUCCAUAGACUGUCGCCUCAUGGUGCUAAACUGAAACACUUGUGGUCUGCUGCUCCUCUUGAGUGAAGAGUGUGCGUGAGUGUGCAUGUUUAACUUAGUUUUUCUUCGUGAAGAGAACUGUUGAAAUGUAUCCUCAAGUGUUACUGAAUCUGACUAAACCAACUUUUCGGGACGUUUUAAAAAUGGAAAAUAUAAACAGGUCUAACAAAAUAAACAAUGCAAGGUCGCUGGUAGCCUAUAUAACAAUAGAUGUCUAUAGUACUUAAGGAAAUACAUGUCCUAAUUUAAUCAUUUAAUCAAAACUGAUUUCAAAUCAAAACAAAUCUCCCUUUAGGGCAACAUUUAUUGUAAAAAGUAUUCAUAAAAAACAACAACAACGAUUUAUUUAGUAAUAAUCGCAAGUAUAGAUGAAAAAAAAUAACAUAACCAUUUAUUCACUUGUUUGUUUGUCUAUUUGUUUAAAAUAAGGGACAUCAAUAAUUGUAAAAAGUAUUCAUGAAUAAAAUAUUAUUUAUCUA